UCUCCACUUCCGGUAUGGCUUCGUCAUCAACGGGCGCCGGGCCUACGCUUUCCGGGAAGGGUUUCCCAGCUGCGUAGGGGUCGCGGGUGGCUUCCAGGCGGCAGGCGCUGCUGGGCGUUGCCAUGGAGAGCGGAUCGCGGCCGUCGCUGGCCCAGUUCAUCCUGCUGGGCACCAGUUCGAUGGUCACCGCCGUGCUGUACUCCAUAUACCGGCAGAAGGCCCAGGUCGCCCAAGAGCUCAAGGGAGCUAAGAAGAUCCACUUGGGUGAAGAUCUGAAGGGCAUUCUUUCAGAAGCUCCGGGAAAGUGCGUGCCUUAUGCUGUCAUUGAAGGAGCUGUGCGGUCCGUUAAAGAAACACUCAACAGCCAGUUUGUGGAAAACUGUAAAGGGGUGAUCCAGCGGCUGACACUUCAGGAGCACAAGAUGGUGUGGAAUCGAACAACCCACCUUUGGAAUGACUAUUCCAAGAUCAUCCACCAAAGGACUAACACUGUGCCCUUUGACCUUGUGCCCCACGAGGAUGGUGUGGCUGUGGCUGUGCGAGUGCUGAAGCCCCUGGACUCGGUGGAUCUGGGCCUGGAGACUGUGUACGAGAAGUUCCACCCCUCUGUGCAGUCCUUCACUGAUGCCAUCGGCCACUACAUCAGUGGAGAGCGGCCCAAAGGCAUCCAGGAGACAGAGGAGAUGCUGAAGGUGGGGGCCACCCUCACCGGGGUUGGCGAACUGGUUCUGGACAACAACUCUGUCCGCCUGCAGCCCCCCAAGCAAGGCAUGCAAUACUAUUUGAGCAGCCAGGACUUCGACAGCCUACUGCACAGGCAGGAGUCCAGUGUCCGGCUCUGGAAAGUUCUGGUUCUGGUGUUUGGCUUUGCCACCUGUGCCACCCUCUUCUUCAUCUUGCGGAGACAGUACCUGCAGCGGCAGGAGCGCCUGCGCCAGCAGCAGCUCCAGGAGGAGUUCCGUGAACAUGAGGCCCAUCUGCUGAGCCAAGCAACUCCCGAGGACAGAGAGAGUCUAAAGAGCGCCUGCGUUGUGUGUCUGAGCAGCUUCAAGUCCUGCGUCUUCCUGGAGUGCGGGCAUGUCUGUUCCUGCCGCCAGUGUUACCUCUCCUUGCCAGAGCCCAAGAGGUGCCCGAUCUGUCGUCGGGAGAUCAGCAGGGUGAUUCCCCUGUACAACAGCUAGGGCUGCGGCAGUCACACUGUGGGUGUCCCUCCCCUGGUCAGAGUUCAUCUUGAGGCCUUUGGUGGGGUGACUGACUGUACCUUAAGGUAUGAAGGAGGGGACAUGGGCAAGCCUCACAUCUCCAACAGCUGGGUGUUGCUUUUCAACCUGGACAGGUCCUUUUCCAGUUCCAAGCACCUGGUGGGGGCCAUGGUGAGGUCCCCUUCUUAGGAGCCAGAUCUGGGUGUGACCGAAUAAGACCGCUCAUGUCCACGCAGCAAGGCCAGGGGUCUCACCUUUCGCUCCCUGGGAUGCUGACUCCUUAGCUUGGGAGGAAGGCUGAGCUCUGAGGGCCUUGCUGCCCAGACUCCUCCUCUUGCUUCUAUCCAUGGGAAGGAAUUUCUUAAAACCUGUCAGGCAGGGCAGGCCACUAGUAAUGUUUGCACACGUGGGGAGAAGGUGAGAGGCAGUGAGAGCAGCAUGCCUGCCCGGCCCGUGUGUGUGUGUGUGUGUGUGUGUGUGUGUGUGUGUGUGUGUGUGUGAGAGAGAGAGACACCCGUCAGCAGGAGGACAACAGAUAUUUCUAGAUGUUUCUCGGCAGGGAGGGCACCAGGGUUGUGGGUGUGGCUGCUGCCUGACUUUCCCAGACAGCUCUGGUUUCCUGUGGAAAGGCCUCACCGAAAGGGAAUGAAGGUCACUGCUGUCCUGACCUCUGGCCUUUGUAGUUUCUCUGCUUGCUUGUGCCAAAGAAAGGUAGCUGGGGGUGGGCACACUUACAGAGCUGUCUGGACUGCCUCAUUGUUCCUGUCAGCAAAGCCCAGCAGUGCUCUCCCUCCCAACGUCCCUGACUUGUGAGUGCCAGAGAAAUCGGAGACUGUCCGUGGGCCGGGUCACUCUCAGCUCCGCUUCUUGAGCAUCUCCCGUCCUCCGUGAAGGGAAGAGGGCAUCUUCCAGUGCUGACACUAGUACGUGCGCCGUCCGAGUGAGCAGCACAAUUAAACAGACUG